AUGAGAAGGGAAACGGGACGGGGCGGGACGGGAAGAGUACCGAUUGAUCGCAGGGGAAGAGUUCUGGUUGAUCGCGGGGGAGGGAAAAGGUUGCUGUUUGGUGAGCAAAUUCCCGGUGUUAGUCCAACAGGUCGAUUUACAACUGCGGGACCCUUUAUCAUCAUUUUAGCUGUAUCGGCUAUGAAAGAAAUAUUUGAGGACAUCAAGAGAAGAAAAUCUGAUCAAACAGUUAAUAAUUACUAUGCCACAGUUCUUAGAGAUCGUGAGUGGAAAUAUAUCCUUUGGAAAAAUUUGAAAGUGGGCGAUAUUGUACGAGUGGGAAAUAAUCAGAUGUUUCCAGCGGAUAUGGCAUUGCUGUCAUCUAGUGAACCGCUAAGUGUAGCUUAUAUUGAAACAUCAAAUUUGGAUGGAGAGACGAAUCUUAAAAUUCGACAGGGACUUGAUUGUACAUCGGAUUUAAUAACUGCAACAGAAAUUAAAGAUUUUCAAUGUAAGAUCGAAUGUGAACAUCCAAAUCAAAAUGUAAAUGAGUUUACAGGAACGCUACACAUGCAAGAUUUGCGGCGACCUCUGAGUGUUCCCCAACUGUUAUUACGUGGUGCUCGUUUAAAACAUACACAGUGGAUUUGUGGCGUAGUGCUGUAUGCAGGACAUGAUGCCAAGUUGUUAAUGAAUUCAAAAGUAGCUCCGUUGAAACAAUCCAAAAUUGAUGCCAUUACCAAUCGGCGCAUUUUAUUUCUGUUCUUUGUAUUAGUUGCCCUCGCUCUUAUCAGUGCUGUUGGAGCAUAUUUCUUCGAUCAUAAACGGCUAAUGCACGCUUAUUACCUUGGCCCUCAGGCAAAAGGGUCUUUCGAUUUUUUCUGGAAUGCACUAACUUUCUUUAUUUUGUACAAUAACUUAAUCCCGAUCUCACUGCAAGUCACCCUUGAAUUGGUACGAUUUUUCCAGGCAAUAUAUAUAAAUAAUGAUAUUGCUAUGUAUGAUGAAAGAACAGAUAGUUGCGCUGUUGCGAGAACAUCUAAUUUAAAUGAAGAAUUGGGGCAGGUAAAAUUUAUAAUGAGCGAUAAAACCGGAACACUCACUCGUAAUAUUAUGAAAUUUAAAAGAUGUUCAGUUGCGGGUAUUAAUUUUGGAAACGAUGAAACAGAUGAUUUUCAAGAUUGUAACUUACCGGAACUCGUCAAGACUUCUGAUGAAAAAGCUGGUUUUGUCAAAGAGUUCCUUCGGAUGAUGGCGAUUUGUCAUACGGUUGUUCCAGAAAGGGAUAAAAGUGGUGAGUUACAAUAUCAAGCUUCUUCGCCCGACGAAGGUGCGCUUGUUCGUGCUGCUGCAGCCCUUGGAUUCGUAUUUCAAGCCAGGAAGCCACGAAGUAUUCUCGUCUCAGAAUUAGGGGAAAUCAAAAGUUAUAACGUCUUAAAUGUAUUAGAAUUUACAAGCGAUAGAAAGCGAAUGGGUGUUAUUGUGCAGUGUCCUGAUGGUAUCUUGAAAUUGUAUGUCAAAGGAGCGGAUUCUAUGAUUUUUGAAAGAUUGCGGAAGGAUUUACCACCCGUUGAUAAUUGUGCUCUCCAUCUUCUGGAUUAUGCGUCAAAGGGCUACCGAACUCUCUGUUUUGCAAUGCGUAUACUGGAAUUAGAAGAAUACAAUAAAUGGGUGCAAGAAUUUGAAAAAGCUUCGAUUUCGAUAGAUAAACGAGCAGAAAAAUUGGCAGAAUGUGCUGAGAAGAUUGAAACAAACCUUACGUUAGUGGGUGCAUCUGCAAUUGAAGAUAAAUUACAACAGUAUGUACCGGAAACAAUUACGGCGCUACUUGCUGCGCAGAUACGCGUUUGGAUGCUAACCGGUGAUAAGCGUGAGACAGCCAUCAAUAUAGCUCGUUCAGCGGGUAUUGUUCACUCGGAUAUGAAAUGUUGGUUUAUUGAUGGUAAUUCAUGCGAUGAAGUUUUUAAAAAACUCUGUGACUUCAGUAGUAGCAUUCAGCUAUCUGCUAUGCAGUAUUCCUUGGUUAUUGAUGGAUCUGCACUGAGAUAUAUAGUUGAACCGAAAUGUAGAAAAAUCUUUGGAACCUUAGCCGUGACUUGUCCUACUGUGAUCUGUUGCCGAAUGACCCCAAUGCAGAAAGCAGAAGUUGUCGAGAUGGUCCGGGAAGCCACUAACAAUGUGAUUUUAGCAAUUGGUGACGGUGCCAAUGAUGUUGCUAUGAUCCAAGCUGCUAAUGUUGGUGUGGGAAUAACUGGUGAAGAAGGCCUUCAAGCAGCAUCUGCCAGUGAUUAUUCUAUUGCACAAUUUCACUUUUUACGCCGACUUAUACUUAUCCACGGUGCUUGGAACUAUGGGCGAGGCGUAAAGGUGAUCUUAUAUAGCUUCUAUAAGAAUAUAUGCCUGUACUUAAUCGAAUUAUGGUUUGCGAUCUAUUCUGCCUUCUCCGGUCAAACAAUAUUUGAACGUUGGACCAUUGCUCUGUUCAACGUGGCAUUUACUGCACUACCACCUGUUAUGAUCGGAUUAUUUGACAGACCUCUUUCCGACCAAAUGAUGCUUUCCUAUCCUGGCUUGUAUGAAACCUUUUAUAAACGAGCAUUUACAAUCAGUCAAUUUGCAGUAUGGAUCGGUCUGGCAGUUUGGCAUUCAUUACUUCUUUUCUUUUUAUCUUUUGCAUUUUUGUAUGAUCCUGUUGUGUGGGAUAAUGGAAGAGUUGGAGGCUGGUUGAUGCUUGGCAAUUCAUGCUAUACGGUUUGGCCAAUUUUGCCGAUCGGUGAAUAUAUGUCUGGCAUGGCAUCCGUAAUGUUGAGCUCAUCAUCUUUCUGGCUGGCACUGAUUUUUAUUCCUAUAAUAACCUUAUUUACUGAUUUUAUCAUCAAAACGAUCCGUACGACUUUUACACCGACUCCUAGAGAAAUAGUAUACUUCCAUGAACACUUCAGAAUGCAAAGCCGUGACAUAUAUUGCGAAUUACAUUGUUUACGACGUACUGAGCAACCUGAGCGAGCAGAAUCUAAUGGUACUAUAAGCGAAACAAUAUGUGACAGCAUCAGUGAGAAUUCAGCUUUGAGAUUAGUUGGAGAACGUCGAUCAAAUCAACUAGUCGAGGUGGAUUCAAUCCGACAUCCAAUGCGGAAGCAAUCAGCCACAUCAACUGCGACGAGGGGUCUUGCACUUUUGCAAUAG